AUGGCUGAUCCAUUAUUGGAAGAUCUUAUAUUAAAUGAAAUGCCUGAUAUUGGAUCAUCACACAAAAAAGCUGAAGUUGAUUUGGCUGCAUAUACAUUAUCAUUUUUUGUCAAUAAUGCAUUGGCAUCAUUAGUUAUUAAUUCUUUAGAUGAAAAAAUAUCGAUACGUGCAUUAAAACAAAUUCAUCGUUUAACAACAGUUAAUUUAUAUCGUAAAACCAUAAGUGAUGCUUUAUAUGAUGCAAAAAAUAAGGUUUUAAAUUGA